AUGGCUAGGAAAAUAGGUGUCUACUGGGUAUUCACAAACAUCUACGUCGAUGAUCUACGUGCUAUUGGCACCCCAAUAAUCCUAGAGGGAACUGCCGAUGACGAGAAGAAGAAGUAUCAUCUCUACAGGAUUGCACUGGAAAUCCUAACGACAGAGCGCACCUACGUUGAUAAACUCAAUCUCAUUGAUCAGGUUCUACAUGCACGCCUCGACGCUGCGAACGAACGUCACAACAUGUUCCCCGAUGACGUCACGAAGCGCAUGUUUUCCAACAUGAAGAGCGUGUACCAGCUUCAUCACGACUUCGUGUUGCCCCAGCUGGAGCAGAGGAUGCAGGAAUGGGAGAAAGUGAAGCGGAUAGGUGACAUCAUGCUACGGUUCGCGCCCUUCCUGAAGAUGUACACAGAGUACGUGAACAACUACGAGAUGGCGCAGAAACUCAUCAACAUAUGGCUCGUCAAGUCCAACAGGUUCCGAGCCAUCGUCGACGAACUGUCGAAACUUCCUGAAUGUGAUAACAUGUUGAUACUGAACCACAUGCUGGUGCCAGUGCAACGCGUGCCCAGAUAUGAGCUGCUACUGAAAGAGUAUCUGAAAAGGCUGCCAGGUGACUCGGCGGAUAGAGCAGAUGCAGAAAAGGCACUGACCUGUGUAUCAGCAGCAGCACAUCACAUCAACAAUGCCAUGAGGAAGAUCCACAAGUUCAAGAAGCUGCUUGAGAUCAGAGACCUGCUAGGUGGCGCUGUAGACCUGGUCAGCCCCAGCAGAGAGUUCAUCAAGGAAGGACGCCUCGUCAAGAUAUCAGCACGCAGCGGUGACCACCAGGAGCGCUACCUGUUCUUGGACGGUUGA